AUGGGCUUCUGGCCAUUCGGUGGCGCGAAAAAGCCAAAGACUACUGAGUCGAAGAGGCAAAUAGGCGACCGACCGUUACAGACUGAACCAGUCGACAACCUGGGUCGUUUGGAAAAAGCCGCCACCAACUUCAGCGACAACACAAAAAGUUCUACGAAGCAGGACCGGUCGGACAAAGGUCGUCACCUAUCGAAAACUCGUGGCCCGAUCCAACAGCAGCAGCAGCGGUCUCAGACUGCUCCAUUACCGGUUCCUCCCUCGAGGCGACAUAGCCAGCUUGACCAUACAUCGUCCGAAAAAGAUCUAUACCAACAAAAUCCUACUUCGCAUACAAGUCUUGGACCCGACACUUUCACCACAAUGAGACAACCGCCUACUCUUUAUGCGCGCCGAUCCGAGCAUGGUUCAGACCUCGUCCGCAGGAAAUCGAGUAAGCGCAAAGCCGACGACUAUGCCAGGGAACGCGAAAUCAAGGCCAUGAGCACCUCUCCUAUACCAAUACCGAGAAGACCAACUAGUUUUUACGAGAGCGGUCCACUUAGGCGCGAGACAAGAGAUAUACCCGGUGGCCUGAACCGCAGACUUCACAGACCAACCUCGCAAGUCUCCCUGCCAUUACCUGAUGAUCUCCUAGAUGUUGGCGAUGUGGCUCACCACCACACCUUCAAGGUUGGCAUGUUUGCCGCUCUAAGUCCAAGACCAACAAUCAAGUAUGACGAGAAUCCAAAGCACAUGUCAGGGAAGCAACCACAACGACCAAGGUUGCAGGCGCGACCUUCCAUUGUCGAAGAAGAGUCUGGUAUGGAUAAGAAACGUAUCGAUGACUUGGCCGACGGCUUGGAUGCAGGUGCACUUCGAGAACUUAUGGAGCGUGACAGGCGAAGAAGAGAACGAAAGAAGCAAACUGAACAUGCAAGGCUACAGAGGAAGCUAGAAAGGCGUGCUGAACGCCAGCGAGAGGAAGAGGCUAGGAAAGCCAGGACCGAAGAGUACGUUUCGGCCUCGGCUUCGCAGGUGCAAGGACUUGAUAUGGAACCACAAUCACAACCACCACUGCCAGUACACGAUGUAGAAGUUGAAGCCGGGCCAUCCAGCUUGCGUCCCGAGGACAAGGUCAAUCCUUUCGCCGAUCCCAAAUCUCAGCCAACGUCACCCGUCGUCAUCAGAAACCCUUUUGACGAUGAAAAAGAUGAGGAUGUAUUACACCAACAACCAUCUGACAUAGAGGCUGAGCCACCUGUGCCAAUCAGAUCACCACUAAGGAAGAUCAGGACCGACGUCGUAAAGUCGGAGGAAAAGCCAUCACAUGCAACUGUGUCGCCAUCAGUGUCGCCGGUGCCGCGAGUGGCUGACAGGCAGAGCUUGUCGCAGGGUUCACUAUUGAAUAGGGAGAUUACCACGGAUAUACCAGAGAGCGGCAGCUUUACUGGUGGAGCCUCUGACCACAGCAGUCAAAGGCUAAGCUCGUGGACAGCCUUUUUCCGAAGAGGAACCAACACUGGACGGAAGCUAAGUUCUUCAUUCCAGGGACGAAGUACUCCGUCCGAAUUCUCCAAUACAUCGAGGGAGUCAUUCGCUCGAAAACAACCUCCGCCAAUGGUAACUACCCGCACGUUCAGAAGAGCGGAUUCGAGCACACCGCAAAGGACGACUUCGAAAUUUCGGGAAGACUUGCCCGAAUUUCCAACACCCCCAGCGUCACGUAUGCGGUCACUAGACGCAAUUGAUCCACCAGCGUCAAGCACAUUCAACCAGGCUGUCACGACGGAGCAACCGAACGAAGAGCUUCUGGAGGAUGUAGAACGAUCAGCUUACACGACUAGUAGCCCUAUACCAAUGAAGACGAACAGGCAGGAAAACAGACAGUCUGUUGAGCUGGACGUACCCUUGUCUUCCAAGGCGGAGGUAUUACUGUCCCAGUCUCUUGCGUCAGUUGACAGUGAGGGCUCUUGGCUCUCGGGAAAGCCUCUCCGUCGACGGUCGGCAGCUUCGCAACGGCUGCAGGCCAGGAGAUCGUCCCUCACUCGUCCUAUGCCGGGCACGUUUGACGGUGUCGAGAACAUACAUCCUGGUGCUGAGAGUACUGUCGUUGAGACACAGGACGCGGAUAGAUCCGCUGGUGAUACAUUAAAGAAAGACGAGACGUGGCAUGCUGCCUUGGCACGUCAACCUACAGUCGUUCGACAAGCAGCACGAGCGAAAUCCAAAGAGGGUCUUUUGAAUGAAUAUACUGCCAAAGAGUCACGGCAAUCAAGCACAUCUGCAGAGAGUGGAGAAGAGGGUGGUCAGGAUGAGGACGAAACUGCUGUAACAUUAGGUCGUGCUCGAAGUGUCGAAUACAAGGGCCACGCUCGACAAAUCAGUGCUGGAUCUGCUAGGCUACUGGAUAUACGAAGAUCAUCGACGCCAUCCCUAGAUCUACUGAGUGGCCGACUAUCGUCCUUGAGCCAAGACCGUCUGCAAGGACAGUGA